AUGACUGUGACAGGUGUACUAUCGGAGGAGCUGAAGCCUGAAAGCCUGGCUCUCAGCCCCAUGGGACCCUCACAUGCCCAGCCCCUGUGUAUCUUUGGGACGGGGGACCUGGGCCGUUCCCUGGGUCAGCGACUACUCCAGACCGGAUACAGUGUGGUGUUUGGCAGCCGCAGACCGGACAGCUGUGGCCCCGUGCCCCAGGGCGCUCAGGUGAUGACCCAUGCAGAUGCAGCCACCUCAGCCAACCUCAUCUUCAUAUGUGUGCACAGAGACCACUACGACUUUCUGACCAACCUGGCUCCAUAUCUGCAAGGAAAGGUUCUGGUCGACCUCAGCAACAACCUGAAGAAAGGCCUUUAUCCAGAAGCCAACGCUGAAUAUCUCCAGAGGCUGGUCCCCGGAGCCGCUGUGGUGAAAGGCCUGAACACGCUGUCUGCCUGGGCGCUACAAAACGGACUGUUGGCCGGGAAACAGGUGAGGAGAGAAUGGAAGUGUCCAAGUAAGAUUGUUGUCCGAGAGGUGGAGUGA